AUGCAUUACAACCCUUUCAUGGCCAACCUCCUGAAGUACAAUAUUCAACUGGAUCGCAAGUCUCUGGCCAGCCUAGCAAUUACAGAGCCUAAGACAUUCAAGUGUCUGGCUGAGCUGGGGAAGGCCAAGCACGAGGAGGGGCUGCUCGCUGCUGUCCGAGCCGACCCGGACAAGGUGCUGCUGAGGCAAACCAGCCAAGAUGACCUGCUGGAGUCCGUCAAGAAACUCAGGCUAGGCGCCGACAACAAGCAGUCCAGUUCUAACCAACUGACUUAGCCCAGCCCGACUUAGAUUUCUUUGUAUAUAGACUAAAAAGCCUCUUUAAAAAUUGUAAUUUAAGAUUUUGAUACUCUGCAUUGGGACACGUGCAUGUACUCACUCGUAAUGUAAGCUUGGUGAAGCAUGUUGAGAUGCAAACAUGGCCCUGGAGAAUCUGCCUCAUUUGGUUGAACAUUUCUCCCCCCCUAAAAAAAAAUCCCACAUGAUGAGUAAUUCUUAUUCCUUAGUGGUAAAAAAAAUGCUCUUGUAAAGUUUCUUACUACCAGAUUUAGAACGCUACAGUAGUAACCAAAUGACUUGCUGGGUCAUUCAUUUUGCAACAAAAGCUUUCCAAAGUUAGGAUUUUGUACACAAGGGAUGUGUAAUUGACCCCCACUUCAGUGAAUGGAAGAGCAUUUACAGUUCUUUCGAUCUGAAUUAAAGAUAGAACAAAAAUUGUCUUAUAUUCUGUCUCUUUGAUUCCUGUGGUUAUUUCCAUUUAUGGUUGUUUGAAGUUUUAC